AUGGAUAAAGGUGUUACGUGUGAACAUCUGAAUAAGCUUGUUGAUGUUCUGGAGCAGGAACUGUGGCAGUCAAAGGAGACCUUAACAUGUCUUGACUGCAGAUGUCCAGACCCAAACCUUUGGAUCUGCCUCCAACCUGAAUGUCGUCAUAUUGGUUGCUCUGAAGUUAAAAAUGACCACAGCACAAUACAUCAAAAGAAUUAUCCCCUGCACUGCGUUCAUAUGAAUGUAUCAACAGAGCGAAUAUGGUGUUAUUUGUGCGAAAAAGAGGUGCAUAUCAGAGCUGCCUUAACGCAAGCACGGCUUGGAGGACAUUCCACGAGUAUAGAAGAUAUGUCAGUAAGCACACGGCUAGGCAACGUCGGUAUAAGUGUCACCAAUGAUGAACUGGAACCCGAUGAUGACUACGGUGAUGAUGACAGACCUAGAGGACUCGUGGGCCUUCAAAAUAUGGGUAACACAUGCUACAUGAAUGCGGCAUUACAAGCACUAAGCAACACUCAGCCGUUGACCUCAUACUUCCUGGAGUGUGCUGCAGCCAUCUCUGUGCUUGCUGCUGACAAAAAACCUGGCCUCAGUCGGGCAUACCAAAAAUUAAUUAAAGAAAUGUGGAGUAGAAAAACUAGAGGCUAUGUUGUACCUAAUGGUAUUUUAUAUGGAAUAAGAAAUGUACACCCGAUGUUCCGUGGCUAUCAACAGCACGAUACGCAGGAAUUCCUCAGAUGUUUCAUGGACCAGCUGCACGAAGAAUUAAAAGAGCCGGUUUGGGAUAACACGCCUGAGGAUAAAAUCGUGACCGAAUCAGAUGGCGAACCGCAGGAGACUAGGACGUUACACAUACGACGAAGAGCCGUGUCUUCGGGAGCCAGUGAUGCACCAUACUUUGCUCGAAUGCGACGGAAAUCACCCGCGCCCUCGUACAGUGAGCCACGCCACGAUGGAUAUUUUAGGAUACAACCGCAAGCGGAGGGCGUUGCAUCGCGACAUCGUCGUUCAGCGAGUUUUGCCGGGACCCAUCACUUCACAUACAACGUGCUAACACAACAAGUCAACGGACCAACCAAGGAAUCAAAUCAACGCGACGUCGGUUCGGAAUCAGAAUUAUCAUGUUCUAGCGAAGCGGAAGAAAGAUAUGAGACUUGUUCCAGUGGGGCCAGUGAUGCUGCAGACACAAGACAUACUAAAUCCAGUAGUGGCAGUGUUUGCGGUGGUGGGGGAGGGGACGGGUCGGCCCGCGGUGUGCGGUACAGGAGCAUUGUGUCUGACGUUUUUGACGGCAAAUUACUCUCCUCCGUGCAGUGUCUCAUAUGUAACCGGGUAUCAACCCGAGUGGAAACAUUUCAAGACCUAUCCCUACCGAUACCAUCUAGAGAACACCUGGCUGUGCUAAGAUGCCAGCAACCCAUAUUAAACCACCCGCACGUUUCACAAGAAUCAUGGCUUUGGUGGCUAGUCAGCUGGCUGAGGUCUUGGUUCUACGGUCCAGUUGUAUCACUACAAGAUUGUUUAGCUGCUUUCUUUAGUGCUGACGAGCUGAAAGGCGAUAAUAUGUAUAGUUGUUCCCGCUGUAACAAACUUCGCAACGGAAUUAAGAUGUCUGGUGUGAUGAAGUUACCCGAAGUCCUAUGCGUGCAUCUGAAGCGGUUUCGACAUGAGCUGAUGUUUAGCGCUAAGGUAGCUGCGCGAGUCUCCUUUCCCAUAAAUGACCUUAAUAUGGCGCCGUAUACCCAUAAAGAAUGCACGUCAAAAAUAAGUAGAUAUUCCCUUUGUGCUGUUAUCUGCCACGCGGGUACAGCUGGUGGUGGACAUUACACCUGCAUAGCUAGGAGUAGCACCAAUACGAAUGACGAUAAUUGGUACGCGUUCGACGAUGCUACGAUAUCCCCAGUUCCCAUACAGCAUCUAGCUACGUGCGAAGCCUAUGUAUUGUUUUAUAGAAAAGUAAAUCCUCAAAUGGCGAUUUUGCGUCAAAAAGCGGCUGAAAUUCUUGAGUCUGCCAGCAACGAACCUAAUGAUAUAAAAUUCUAUAUCUCCAGACAGUGGAUUAAUAAAUUCAAUACAUGGGCGGAGCCCGGGCCGAUAGACAAUAGCGACUUCGUGUGCGUACACGGCGGCGUGCGCGUCGAACGAGCGGCGCAUUUGUCCGCGCUUGCGGCGAAGGUGCCUCAACCGCUAUGGGAGUUUCUUCAUACACAAUUCGGCGGUGGUCCCGCGGUUUCCCACGCGCACGAAUGCGGGGCGUGUGCGCGCGCACAACACAGGUUACGUGCGCGGCGCGAAGCUGAACUCGCCGCGUUUGCUGAACUACAUGAGCUCUUCCAGGAGCAAGAUCAGCCGCGCUCGAUCUACGCGAUCAGUAUGGCGUGGUUCCGCCAGUGGCAGGCCUUCGUUAGAAACAAGACGAGGCACCCGCCGCCGCCCGUCGACAAUACGCCCAUACUUAUCAAACAGGAGCUAGAAGGCACAACCAAAUAUACACUAAAACCAGGCUCCGACCACGCACAGCUUAGCGAAGAGCUAUGGCGGUUCUUCGUUGACAUCUACGGGGGUGGGCCUGAAAUUCGUCUCAAAUCGCCAGUUCCCUCCCCACCUGAAACCGAAAGGGCUAGACGCCUCUCCAGAAAGUAUUCGGAGUCAGACCGAGAGGAGUAUUGCACUAAGUCCAACUCAGAAAUGAACAUACGCGAUACGCUACACAACGAACUGCAGAAGAACCAGUCCCUGCAAAAUAUCAAUAGAAGGUACAAGAUACUUCACGAUUCUGACGAGGAAAUCAGCCAAUCUUUCUACAAGCGGCACCAAAUCAACGGAUUCGACUCGGACGAAGAUAUGGGAAAUCAUUUGGAGAACGGCCUAGAUAGUUCAGAUAACAAUCUCUACAAAACAGACUCGGAACUGCCGAGCGUCGGUACCACUUCGCUGAAGAACAAAGCUCGGGGUGGGAAAAUGCGGCGACACAGGCGCAGAAUCGUCAAAUGA